GUGAAGCUGCGGGGACGCUGGGGAACGGUGUAUGACGAUGCCUGGAACAUGGAUGAUGCUGAGGUGGUGUGCCAGCAGCUGGGCUGCGGCUCGGCUGCUCACGCCCAGUUUACCUCACAAUUAUUACAAGAUCACAGUGCCCUAAUGUUGAUCUAUAUCAACUGCAAUGGAAACGAGAAGGCCAUCUGGGACUGUAAUAUUGAGUAUUGGGAUCCCUACAAUAUUCCUGUUCUUUAUAAUGCAUCUGUGGUCUGCCAAGGGUUCUCCCGGCUGGCUGGAGGGGACAGUGAGUGCUCAGGGAGGCUGGAAGUAAGGCAGGGCCAGGCCUGGGUCAGCAUCUGUCAUGGCCACGUGGACCUCAUGGCCGCCCAGGUCGUCUGCAGAGAGCUGGGCUGCGGUACAGCACUGGCCCUACCGGAGGCUGGACAUUUUGGGGCAACAGAGGGGCCAUUCUGGCAUGGCGCCUUUGAGUGCAACGGCACCGAGCCCCUCCUGUCCGCUUGCACACAGAGGCCUCCUGACAUCCAGAACUGCACCCAACCCGCUGCCGUCAUCUGCUCCCGUAAGUGCAGGGGGGUCGUGGAUCUCCUACACUGGGUUCCGGCUGGUCGAGUGGAGGUGAAGCACGAGGGUGAAUGGGGCUCCGUCUGCAGCUACGACUUCGACUGGGACAUACGAGGGGCCAGUGUGGUGUGUCGUCAGCUGGGCUGCGGCAGAGUAGCCCAUACGUCCCCAUAUGCCAUUGGGCAAGGCAAGGGACGCAUCUGGCUGCAGCCCUUCCUCUGCCGCGGCACUGAGACCAAGCUGCAGAACUGCCCCCACUUUGGCUGGGGCAAGCACUUCUGUGGCCAUGAGUGGGAUGUUGGGGUGAUCUGCUCAGAGGCGCUGGAGCUGCGGCUGGAGGAUGGCUGGGGACCCUGCGAGGGGAGAGUUGAGGUGAAGCUGCAGGGACGCUGGGGCACUGUGGCUGACAAUGCUUGGGACAUGGAUGAUGCUGAGGUGGUAUGCCAGCAACUGGGCUGCGGCUCGGCUGCUGGCGCCUACUUGGCCUCACGAUUUCGGUCAGUAGACGGCCCCAUCAUGAUGGCCUUUAUUGAUUGCCAUGGAGAUGAGGCUGCCCUGUGGGGCUGUAACAUUUGGGGCUGGGGUCCCUACAAUGGCCCUCAUGAUUAUGACACUGCUGUGGUCUGCCAAGGGUUCUCCCGUCUGGUCGGAGGGGACAGUGAGUGCUCAGGGAGGCUGGAGGUGUGGCAAGGCCAGGCCUGG